AUGAUGUUUUCGGCCACUUUCAACAAGGAUUGCCGUAAGCUGGCGCGCAAUUACCUUGCAGAAGACCAUGUCCGUGUGCGCAUCGGGAGGCCUGGCAGCACUCACGCCAACGUUGACCAGAAUAUCAUCUAUGCUGAACCUCCUCUUAAGAAGCAAUGCCUCUAUGACCUGCUUCUGGCUAUGCCGCCUUCGCGUACACUGAUUUUUGUGAAUUCCAAGACCCAGGCAGACUUCUUGGAUGAUUAUCUCUACAACAUGGGUCUCCCGAGUACCUCUAUCCACUCUGAUCGCACCCAGCGUGAGCGGGAAGAUGCCUUGCGUGCAUUCCGCACGGCAAAGUGCCCCAUCCUUGUGGCUACCGGGGUUUCUGCUCGCGGUCUGGAUAUUAAGAAUGUCAUGCAUGUCAUCAACUUUGACCUUCCACGGGUUCAGCAUGGUGGUAUCACAGAAUACGUUCAUAGAAUCGGACGCACCGCCCGCAUUGGCAAUGAGGGCCUCGCCACCUCGUUCUACAACCAUGACAAUGAUGCGGACCUCGCCCCAGAUCUGGUGAAACUGCUCAUCGAGAACAAACAAACUGUCCCUGACUUCCUCGAAUCUUAUCGUCCUUCGGAUGAUGUCGUCAAGUUUGACGACGAUACUGAUGACGAAAAGAGUGGUGGAGAAGACAACAGUGGUAAUGCCGAUGCCUGGGGAGGAGGAGGAAUUCCAAUGGAGUCUGAUGACGCCGAAGAGGCCGAAGAUAACUCGAAGUGGGAGUUUUAA